CGUAGUAGUGGGUAAGUCCAUGCAAAUGGGGAAGGUGAUGAGUGUCCGCAACAUAGUGAAACGUCAUGUUGUUGAGACAACAUCCACUGUCCAUGAGAAGGUGAGAGAACUGGUGCAGGACCAUUUCAAUGAUGGUGAGCACGCAGGCUUCACAACGGACAUGUGGACAGACGGAGUGAAAAAAAAAUUGUUCAUGUCUGUCACAAUGCACUACAUCGAUCGCAAUUUCAAAUUGCAUGUGCGCAAUUUGCACGUCAAAGUUUUCCAAGAGGAAUCGCAUAUAGGGUCGGUUGUUCUCAAGGCGUUUGAAGAUGCCCUUCAUGAGUUUGGAUGCAAAGAAUCUGACAGGUGUGUUGUGUGUACAGACAGUCGCUCAAACAUGGCCGCAACAGAAGGAAUCCGAAAAAUUUACAAGUGGAUUGUCGGCGCAGACCAUAAAAUUGCGACGGUACUAACAACCGUCUUCAACAAAACUUCAACCACAACAGACGGAGUUCGCUCGUCGCCAUUCUACAGAUAUCACGAGUUUGCACCACACUUGUUUGAAAUGAUCGACAACUCGAAAGAGUUGAUUCGAUAUUUCAAACAAGCAAACUUGCAGAACAGUCUGAGCAAGACGUUGAAGCAAGAAAACGUGACGCGGUGGAACUCUUUACUGAUUUCACUGAAUAGUAUUUUGGACAGUUAUGAUGAGGUUACAACUGUGCUCUCCAGGUUUGCCAACAUUAAUCGGCAAGCCAACAAACAGUUCCUCGUCAUAAGGAUCGACAAGACCUCGCUCGCAGAUCUGGUGCGAUUCUUGAGACGAUUCCAGACUGUCACACUGAAGUUGGAGCAGUACUUGGAGCCGACAAUACACCUUGUGUCAUUUGAGCAGAGUGCCCUUUCGGAGUAUUGCAAACCUCGUAACGAGCCAUACAACGACGAGGAUGCCGAGGGCAACAAGUUCACCAUUCCAUCCGACAACGACGACAUUGCAGCCAUCAAGAUGUUGAUUAAGGAUGUGCUGCGGGAGAAGUGAAUAUUGGAGGAUCUUCACAUUGCCGCAGCUUUGCUUGA